AUGGAACUAACUUUUUUUUUCAAUCACUUGGCAGAAGAAAUAGACGUUCUUGCUUAUCUGUGGCAGGUGGCAAACCACAGCAACGCAUCAGUAAUUCAGGAAAUCCAAAGUUGUCCAAUACUGCAAGUUGGCCAGUACUCCACCCUCUCUAUGCCGUUACGCAAGGUGUUUGGAUACAGAUUUGGUGAUGAGUUCAGUUUGCUGUUGUAUCUGCGCAGCUCCCAGCCUGAUGACCACAGUGUGCUAACCUUCCUAUGCCCAGAUGGACACAUUCUACUGCAGAUCCGCAUCAGUGCCUACACCUUCACGUUCAUUAGCACCCAACAACGGCACUAUGAAUUCCCUGUUGGAGGACUAUCCGAUGGGGGUUGGCAUCGCGUGGCAGUCAGUGUCUCCACAGGCCGGUUGGCAUUGUAUGUGGAUUGUUCCAUGGUUGAGAGUGUGGACUGGGUUUACAGUGAUGGUCUGGGAAUCUCCACCGAUGGCUUGGUGAUGGUGGGAGGAAUUAUUGAGGGAUCUGAGACCCCUUUUGAAGGUGAUCUGAUGCAGGUGACAUUUCUAAUGGGAGAACCAGAUGCAGCUCGAGAUCAGUGUGGUGUUUUCCAGCUUCAUUGUGGUGGGUCAGGCCACAAACCUCCCCGUUCCGCUCGCACACAGACUCAAGAGGAACUCCUGCUGUCCUCAAAUGACCUGGAGGAUUUAUUAGAGGCGGCACAAGACAGUGACUCUAUUCAUGCAAAACUGCUUGGUCUUCGGAGACGUGGCAUCAUCCGUGGUGAUGGUACCCUGCCCACCGGAUCCAAACGUCCUGCUGUUCAUGAGCGUGGUGAUGUGUUUGAGGCUGAUGAGGACACUGACCUUCUGAACCACAACAUAUUGUCCAAAAAUGGUGGUUCCCCUUCUAAGACCCUCCCAACUGAUACCACUGGCAGCCGGGGUGGAAAACCAGAAUUCACAUCUAAACGUCUGGAUGAAAACAUCACCACUGACAAGCAAAAACCUGACAAACUUUUACCAAAGAAACCAGGGGAUACAAUCAUCAACCUGGAUGUUAGGGUACCCAUUACAUCACCACAGAAACCAACUGGAAGUACUGUCCCUAAUGGAGAAAUCCAUCUGGAAAUCACAUCCAGUUCUGACGAUGAAGAAUCCAACUUGUUAAAGGAGGACCUGGAUCGUGGAUUCACCACACAGGCUCCUCAUAGCACAACUUUCUGGAAGGGUAUCUCUCAGGGCAGUGAAACGACAACUCCUAGAGGAUCUGGAAAGGGUUCUAAGGAGCACCCAUCUACUGUCAUACUUACAGGCUGGCACAGAGACCUUGUGCGAGGCUCUGAUGGGAGGGUGUAUCACAUCCAAAAGGGCUACAUGGGGCCCAUGGGCCCCCCUGGUAAGCCUGGAUGUCCUGGGAGUUUUGGCUAUCCAGGGGUCAAAGGUGAUAAGGGUGCCAUUGGGCCAAAGGGCCAUCCAGGUCACCGGGGAUUUCCAGGACCCCCUGGGUCACCGGGACUGCCCACCCUCUAUCUUUGGAGAAACACACCAGAGGAAUGGGCUGCUUUUCAACUUCUCCAUGCAGGCUGGCCUAGAGCUCAGGGUCUGCCAGGGCCAGACGGGGAGAUGGGGAAACUUGGGAUGCAGGGGCCACCUGGGGAACCAGGUGAUCAGGGACGUCCAGGACGUAUGGGAGACAUGGGUGACCCUGGCCCAAAAGGUGCGGUGGGCAGAGCAGGAGUCCAUGGAAAGGAUGGAGAGAACGGACUGGAUGGACCUCAAGGCCCUCCAGGAAUUCCAGGAUCAAAGGGUCCUCUGGGCUAUAAAGGAGAAUCAGGCUCACCUGGAGAGAAAGGAGAGGAGGGCCUUAUUGGAGCAGAGGGUCCAUGUGGAGAUAUAGGGAAAGCUGGUGAGAAAGGUUCAAAAGGAGCAUCUGGCCCUCCUGGUCCUGUCGGCCUUGCUGGACCACAUGGCAUCAGAGGGAUUGAGGGCACUGAAGGGCCUCCCGGGCCAGAUGGGGAUGAUGGAAUGGAUGGACCACCUGGUCCUCUAGGUGUACCAGGAGCUCCAGGUUGGACCGGUGUGGUUGGUGUCCAGGGCACUAACGGAUCUCGUGGGGAGUCUGGACCUGCAGGAGCUAUUGGCCCCCCGGGCCCACUGGGUCCUCAGGGAUUGGAGGGACAGAUUGGACCUUCAGGGCCCAGGGGCCCACAGGGGCUGCCAGGCAGGGAGGGUUUACUUGGCCCAAAAGGAGAGCCUGGAUCUGCAGGGCCAUUUGGCCUCCGAGGCGAGCCGGGAUUUGAAGGACUAAUGGGUGCAUUAGGAACACAAGGUCCUAAAGGUUUUACUGCUAUCAAAGGUAACAGAGGAACUGAUGGAGACCAGGGAGACAGUGGACCUAAAGGAAACAAAGGUGUUAGAGGGGCCCUAGGUGUACAGGGCAUUCAAGGUGAGCAGGGGCCAAUAGGUUUUCCUGGUUUCCCAGGCAUCAGAGGUCAGCCAGGACUACAAGGAAUUAAGGGAGAAGAUGGAGAGGCGGGUCCACAUGGCAAAGUGGGCAAAGAGGGGUCAAAGGGGAGCAGAGGAUUUGAAGCCCCCCCUGGAAAGCCUGGUCCCAGAGGCCUAAAGGGUCGAACAGGGCAGAGAGGUCACACUGGCAUGCCUGGACCUCCUGGUUUGCCUGGCCCAACAGGACCUGUCGGAGCUGAAGGAAAGCCUGGUACACAGGGACUGCAAGGCCUUCUCGGUAAUGCAGGAAGUAAAGGACCAAUGGGAUUGCAAGGUAUUCCUGGAGAACCUGGUCAGGAAGGACCACCAGGGUCUAUGGGUCCUCCUGGACUAGAAGGGCCCAUGGGUAGCCCAGGACCACAGGGAGAGAGGGGUUUCACUGGAAAGACAGGAGCCGAGGGACCACAGGGCCCUGUUGGCAUGUAUGGUUUCCCAGGAAACAUGGGCAUUAGAGGAAGACCAGGCCACACUGGAGAGAGAGGAAACCUAGGUCAAAGAGGGCCUCAUGGAUGUAUUGGCAAGCCUGGAACCCCAGGUCUCCCUGGUCCAAUAGGGGAAAAAGGCCUGCCAGGACCGCAGGGCCGUCGGGGAGAUCCCGGGCCUCAGGGAACAGAUGGACCAUGUGGUCCUCCAGGACUUCAAGGAGUCAAUGGGGUCAUUGGAAAACCAGGACUCCGUGGAAGUAAAGGACCCCCAGGAGAGACUGGACCAAAUGGGCCCCCAGGGAUUCCAGGUCCUCAGGGGGCAGAUGGGAUGCCAGGUGCAGUUGGGGAGAAAGGAGAGAAGGGAAUUAUUGGCCCCCCUGGAGAUGAUGGGCCUCUCGGAUUGGAAGCACCACAGGGUCCACCUGGCCCAGCAGGUAUAGAGGGUUUUUCUGGAAGGAAAGGUGAUAAGGGGGACAAUGGUCACAGCGGAAUGCUUGGUGUUCAGGGACAAAAAGGAGUCAUUGGCCCUUCUGGUGCUAAAGGUCUAAUGGGUCCACCUGGCCCAGCAGGCAGUGAGGGUUACACUGGUCUAGUUGGUGUUGCUGGUGACCCCGGCCCUAAAGGAGAAAAGGGUAAUAUUGGGCCACUGGGCUUUACUGGUUUAGAGGGGCCAUGGGGAGAUGUAGGGAAACAGGGAGAAAAGGGGCUCAAGGGAGCCAAGGGCCAGACAGGACUGCAGGGGGAGCCUGGUUUCAUGGGUGGGGUUGGAAAUGCUGGUCUGAAAGGUGUAGAGGGUGGACCAGGUCAUGUAGGACUGGUGGGGCUAGAUGGACCUCCUGGAAGCAAGGGAGAAGUUGGGCCCAAUGGUUUACCUGGGGAGCCAGGAAAUGCUGGACCAAAGGGACAUCCAGGUCCAAAAGGUGUGAGAGGUGACACAGGCAAAGGUGGGACACAGGGUGGAGUUGGCCCGGUUGGUCUAGAUGGGGCUUUGGGCCCUAAAGGUUUUCCUGGACCUGGAGGGGAGAAAGGAGAUCCAGGAGAUAAAGGAGAACCAGGGGUGGAGGGUCCAAAUGGGCUUCAAGGCAUACAGGGACCACCGGGACUGCCUGGUUUAGAGGGCACAGCAGGUGAGGCAGGGGCAAGGGGCUUACCAGGUCUACCAGGAGCUGAGGGUCGCAUGGGUAAGCCAGGACUUAAAGGAAAGGAAGGCAUGAAAGGAGAGAAGGGAGAUGAUGGCGGAAAUGGAGCGCCAGGAAAAAUGGGUCACAUUGGACGGAGGGGUAAAAGAGGCAAGGCAGGGAUGAGGGCGAUCAGAGGACAAAGAGGGGAAAAGGGAGAGAGAGGAGUUGAAGGAGAAAAGGGACUUCCUGGAUGGGGAGGAAGUAUGGGAAUGCCAGGGCUGAGAGGAGAGCCCGGUGGCCAAGGUGUCAAAGGAGCAGAGGGUGAGAAAGGGGAUCAGGGGACACUUGGUCCACCAGGAAAAGAUGGCUUAAAGGGGAGCGCGGGUCCUCUUGGGCCUCCUGGACCUCCAGGACUAAAGGGGGAGCAGGGGAAUAUCGGCCCUGCUGGACCCAGAGGGACAUCAGGAAUUCCUGGACUACCGGGCUUGUUUGGAUACAAGGGACUUAAGGGAUAUCAAGGGCCUCAUGGACCCCCUGGAAGGAGGGGCUUCCCAGGCCCACCGGGGCCAGCUGGGCCUCCAGGUCUUUCUGUGAACCUGACCCAGAUCAAGGACCUGAUAUAUAAUUUAGACAAGCCCAAUUACCCUCUGAUUCAGACACUGCUGGACUCUCUGUACCAUGACAUCCGCCUGCUUGUGGACCCUCCAGACGGCAGUAAGCAGAGCCCAGCCUCCACCUGUCUAGAGCUAUGGCUGAGCCAUCCCAACUACACAAGUGGUUUCUACUACAUUGACCCAAACCAAGGCAGUCCUUUAGAUGCUCUUUUGGUCUACUGUAACUUUUCCGAGUCAGGAGCAGAGACCUGCCUUCACCCCAGAGAUGCACAUCUGCCUACAAGGGCUUGGCUGAAUGAUUCAGGGAAUAACAGCAAGUUCUUCUGGUUAAGUUCACUGGAGGGAGGCUUUAAAUUUGAGUAUCCAGCCCUCAGUGUGGUGCAGCUGCGGUUUCUAAGACUUCAGAGCAACAGAGCAGAACAGAGAGUGACAUACUCCUGUUACCCUGGUCACAGACUAGGCCAGACACAGCGACAGGUCCAGUUCCUCACUGUUACUGAAAAGCAGAGCUAUUUAGGAGCACUACAGGAUUGUGUGUCUGCAAAGGAAGUGGAUCCUGGACCACGGGAGUCUGUGUUUCAGUUUGAGGACAUGGACCUGCUUCCUCUACAUGACAUAGGAAUCUUUGGCAACAGCGGUCACGAGUUUGGGUUCACCAUUGGCCCUGUGUGCUUCAACUAGAGACACAAAAAGCGAUAAGGGUAAAUCCUUAGUGUUUUAACCUUAAAUGCAAGCUGCCUGAGGAAACAGGACACUCUGAAGACAUAUGUAGCAUCUGUGGCUUACAUUUAAGAAAAUAUCCUACAAAGUUAUUAAGACAGAGGCUCCACAUAAGUCCCCUGUGGAUCUUGGUGCUGCCAGACAAAUGGACAAUACGCUUUAUAUUGUUUGCAGAGACUUUGUAAAGGAUGUACUGUUUUAUACAUAAUGUUAUAUGUUUAAUCACUAGCUGGUCUUGUAAUAACAUUGUAUAUGGAUGGUAUCAUGUGUGAUUAAGUGUGAUUUUGCCUUAACAAACUAUUGUAAUGACAGGGGUUUAAUGUAACCACUAUGUGGUUGCAUGAUCCAAGUUUCAACUGUAUUCAACUUAUAUUAAAAUUAGGUACAAACUGUGAUAAUGGAUUAACCAAUUUAUAGGACUACAGAACAUAGGCAGGCUGCAUACAUUAAGUGUCUAUAUUACACUUUUCUUUAAUCUACAGUACAUGUCUAACUUGAAUUGUAGGCCUAACAAAGACCAAAGCAUGCUAAUAAGGCUUAUCUUCUCAUAAGAUUGCCUUCAAACCUGGGACUAGGGUGUGCUGAGUGACUCCAGCCAGGUCUCCUAAGCAACCAAAUUGGCCCGGUUGCUAGGUAGGGCAGAGUCAUAUGGGGUAACCUCCUCGUGGUCAUGAUUAGGGGCUCUCGCUCUCAAAGGGGCACGUGGUAAGUUGCGUGUGGAUUGCGGAGAGUAGCAUGAGUCUCCACAUGCUGUGAGUCUCAGCAGUGUCAUACACAAUAAGCCAUGUGAUAAAAUGCUCAGACUGACUGUCUCAGAAGUGGAGGCAACUGAGGCUUGUCCUCCACCACCCGGAUUGAGGUGAGUAACCGUGCCACCACGAGGACCUACUAAGUAGUGGGAAUUGGGCAUUCCAAAUUGGGAGAAAAGGGGAUAAAAAAACCCAAACAAACAAAAAACUAAACCUGGGACUAAAUAUCAGGAAAUCUGUGCUACCUUUCUAUUUUGCAUGACUUGUCAAUCUCUUGAUAGUGGAUAGCGGUUGGGAAAUUAAUGGUGUGUUUGGGGUUUGUGUAUGAGUGCCAGUGCUGAUUAGCCAACAGGGAUGGUCCACUCCCUCACAUCCUGUGAUGUUAGUCUAACAGUGGUCAUGUCACCUAAAUAUUGUUUAAAUAUCAGUUUUGAAUUAUUUAGCGGUGCUAUUCACAACAGACAUUAGCUUAUUUAAAGCAACAGUUGUUUAAAAAAAAUUGUACAAUAAUACUAACUGUUGCCGAGCUGAUAUCACACCAUAUUCUGUGCAACCUGUUAUUUAAAAUGCACAUUAUGAUUAUGAGACUGAAAUUAAAAAUACUGUAACACACAGUACAAGCAGGAAUACAAGACACACUGAAGAUGUGUAGUUCAUUUUGCAUUUACUGUACUGUAUGCAGGUCUCAGGGAGCACUUAUGUUAAAACAGGUUACUUUCUUGGAAUUUGUUGCGAUUAAUCAUCCUAUACCAACACAAUACCAAUAAAGUGUCUUUCUCACAAUUUUUUUAAUAUUUGUUUAUUAUUACUUGACAUUAAUUAUCAUCAAUAUCAUUCUAAUCUAAUUUUAAACUGCUUUGAAUUCAGGCACAUGUGCUAUCACUUGCCUGCCUUUGUAAACUAUAUUUUGUUCAUUUACAGUUUGUAAUGUAUAUUGUGUUUUCUGUGUAUUUGUAGUUACAUUGAAAAUCAUAUGCUGGUCAUCUGUGUGAG